GUGUUGAAGAGAGACAGGUUUAUUCACCUUAUGCGGCUAUGAAGUAUGGUGUUUACAACGGUGUAACUGCAGUGGGCGGGCAGUAAUUAGAUGCCCGGCCCGAUAGCCGCGGCGACCGCCUUACAAACCCCCACUAACUACCGGGAUAGCGCAUUUACAGACCACGGCUCCAUCAUAACGCCAUGAAAAACGUUGGCUGAAAACGUUUCUUGCCCAAAAUGUCUUACGAGUAUAAAUCCCGGCAUUUGUUUUUUGAAGUAAAACACAAAAGGAAGAUAAAAAAGAAAGUGACGUUUUUGGUAGUUAAACGCCUUUUAAUUCGGGUUAAAGCUAGGUUUAGACACGCGAUUGUAAUAAAGGUAAGGUGUUGUUUCUCUUUCAGUUGCCUGCGAGGGAAGGUUUGACAACGCCGCGGAGCGCUCGGGCUCCGGUGGCGAGGAGGACUGGGACGCUCCCACAUCAGCGAUUGAAAAGGGAGAAAUCGCUAGAGAGUCCACCGGAGAUGGAUUCCCCAGGCGGCAGCGUAAGCAGUGACUUGCGGCGGCAGAAUGAUGAGCUUCGCGCUCGUUUGGCCGGCGAAGCAGCAGACCAUAGGCGUCGGCUUGAUGCAUACCGCCGCGCGCAGCAAGGGCAGGCAGCGUUGGUAUCGAGACUCCAAGCAAAGGUGCUACAAUACAAGCAGCGCUGCUCAGAGCUGGAGCAGCAUAUGCAGGAGACGACGCCGCGCACCGACAGCUACCGCGCGAAGCCUGCGUCCGCCACCGCGCUGCCAGCGCCGGCCGCUCUGCCGUCCGCUUCCAGCUUGGACACUCGUCGGGACGAGCGCAUCGCUGACCUGGAAACGGCUUUGAGGCGGUUGGAUGAGGAGAAACGCAAGUGUGAAAAGCUGGUGAACCAGAACAACCUUCUCCGAGACCAGCUUGAGGAGUCCCACCAGCUGAAUGAAGCACUAACGAAUGACUUGCAGAAGCUCACCAACGACUGGGAGGCUCUCCGGGACGAGAUGACUGUCAAAGAGGAUGAGUGGAAAGAUGAGGAACAGGCAUUCAACGACUACUACACCAGCGAGCACAACCGGCUGCUCAGCCUCUGGCGCGAGGUGGUCUCUGUGAAGCGUUUCUUCUCCGAGCUGCAGUCGACCACGGAGCGAGACUUGUAUAAAGUGAAGAACGAUUUCGAGUCGGCCACGCGCGAGCUCGUCGGCACGCUCAGUGGAUACGCUAUAAAUGCGUAUGCACAGGGAGUGAGGCCUCAAUCCGACCACCACUCAACGUCAGGCGUGACGUCAACUCCGAACAUAACAGUGGAGACUUUGCGAAUAGAUCUGCGCGAAGCGACGUCGCAGCGCGACGCGGCGCAAGCCGAGCUGCGCGAGCGAGACGCGCGCAUACAACGUCUGCUAGGGGAACUGCAGGGAUUGGAGGAACGUUACGAAGUAGCGGAAGCUAUGUGCUCCGAAGCGAACGCCAUGCGAUCCGCGUUGGAAGAAGUGGCUCGAGCGCUCAUACAGGACUCCGAGGCUGAUGUGCCGUCGCAACAUCUGCAUAUGGCUGACAGCAGCAGGUCCCCGCGCCGAGGCGUGUCGCAGGCGGCCAACGCGACAGCGUUCGCCGAGAGCACCAUCUCGGCCGUGCAGGCCGCGCUGCACAAGUACCAGAUACAAAUACACGAGUUGCAGGUGAAACUCCAGAACACUCGGGAGCAGUUGUCGACGAGCCGCAAGCACUGCGAGGCCGCAGACUCCAACAUACUCACGCUCGAGAACAAAGUGCAGGACCUGCAAGCUAAACUGGACCAGGCGAACACGGAUCUAAACCAGCUGGUACAAGACAAGGAGUCUCUGCAGAAGUCUGUGGAGUCUUUGCGUAUUGACAAAAACAACCUCGAAAGGAACCGCGUCGAGAUCAACGCCAUGGUAGAGUCAUUGACGUCAGACUACGAAAAGCUGCAGAAGAUCAAUGCGCGUUUGGAGAAGACGAUCGAAGCGCUGGAGACGGACAAGCGGAAUCUCAACUCGGAGGUGGACCACCUGCACCGCGAGUCUACCAACCGAGAGUCCAUACUGAGGGCUGAAGAGGAGCGUUCAUCUCGGCUCCGUUCGGAACUGGUGACCGUCCGCGAGGAGCUCAACAAGACCUCGCUGGCGCGCGACCUGCUGGAGCAGCAGAAGAUGGAAGCGGACUCCAUCAUGUCGCAGGUGGAGAAACACAGGAGUAAGGAAACUAAGCUUUACUCUCAACAAGACCUCGCUGGCGCGCGACCUGCUGGAGCAGCAGAAGAUGGAAGCGGACUCCAUCAUGUCGCAGAGGAGCCUUCUCGGCUGCGUUCGGAACUGGUGACUGUCCGCGAGGAGCUCAACAAGACCUCGCUGGCGCGCGACCUGCUGGAGCAGCAGAAGAUGGAAGCGGACUCCAUCAUGUCGCAGGUGGAGAAACACAGGAAGGAGCCUUCUCGGCUGCGUUCGGAACUGGUGACUGUCCGCGAGGAGCUCAACAAGACCUCGCUGGCGCGCGACCUGCUGGAGCAGCAGAAGAUGGAGGCGGACUCCAUCAUGUCGCAAGUGGAGAAACACAGGAAGGAGCCUUCUCGGCUGCGUUCGGAACUGGUGACCGUCCGUGAGCAGCUCAACAAGACCUCGCUGGCGCGCGACCUGCUGGAGCAGCAGAAGAUGGAGGCGGACUCCAUCAUGUCGCAAGUGGAGAAACACAGGAAGGAGCCUUCUCGGCUGCGUUCGGAACUGGUGACCGUCCGUGAGCAGCUCAACAAGACCUCGCUGGCGCGCGACCUGCUGGAGCAGCAGAAGAUGGAAGCGGACUCCAUCAUGUCGCAGGUGGAGAAACACAGGAGGGAGCCUUCUCGGCUGUGUUCGGAAUUGGUGACCGUCCGCGAGGAGCUCAACAAGACCUCGCUGGCGCGCGACCUGCUGGAGCAGCAGAAGAUGGAAGCGGACUCCAUCAUGUCGCAGGUGGAGAAACACAGGAAGGGGCCUUCUCGGCUGCGUUCGGAACUGGUGACCGUCCGUGAGCAGCUGAACAAGACCUCGCUGGCGCGCGACCUGCUGGAGCAGCAGAAGAUGGAGGCGGACUCCAUCAUGUCGCAGGUGGAGAAACACAGGAAGGAGCCUUCUCGGCUGCGUUCGGAACUGGUGACUGUCCGCGAGGAGCUCAACAAGACCUCGCUGGCGCGCGACCUGCUGGAGCAGCAGAAGAUGGAGGCGGACUCCAUCAUGUCGCAGGUGGAGAAACACAGGAAUGACUUAGAAAUAGAGCUUGAGAGAACGCUAUUGGAGAGAGGUGACCUGCAAGAUCUGGUAGAGAAGAUGCAAGCGGUUAUCAGAAAUCUUGAAACGGACAAGAAGAAAUUGCAUGAAGAAGUCAAACAUCUAGAAGACGAAAAAUCCUCCCUAUCGAAUCAGUCCUCGGAACAAAUGGGCGACCUGAACUCUCUGCGCAAGGAGCUGCUCGCAGCCGAGCAGACGCGGAUGGAACUCGAAGCCGACAAGUCGUCCUUGCACGAAAAGAUCAAGUUCUUGGACCAGGACAGGGAGAAGGUUGAAUUGGAGCUGCGGCAGGUGGUCAGAGAACGCGGCGAGCUAAGCUCCCAGCUGACAGCAAUGGUGCGUAAGAAGGACUCUCUCAACGAAGAAAUCAUGCGUCUGCAACAGCGACUAGAACAAGCCAGCGAGACUGUGGGCCGACUCAACCGUACCCUCGAGGACCACGUCAAGGACGCUGAGGAGAAACAGAUACUAAUAGACAGUCUGGACAAAGACAAGCAGCAUCUCCAAGAGCAGUUGGCCAGCGUCCGCGCCGAGAAAGAUGCCCUGGAGGCCGUACUCUUCGACACGGCGAAUAUGUUGGACGACGCGGAGGCGCGGCGCGCUAAACUCGACCGUGACCUGCAAGACGCGAUGGUUCAGCAGGAGAACCACAAAGGUCAAAUAGCUCGUCUCACGAAGGAACUGGACAGCAGCGAGCGGAAGCUCCGCGAAACGAAGAGUUCCUUGCAGCAGUCCUCCGGGAAGAAGGAGGCCGAGUACCAGAGCAUCAUCACCAACAUCAACCGCACCACGGCCGAAAACAUCACCAAGCUUAAGGAAGAGAAGGAACAACUUCGCCAAACUCUCGAGCAAAAGCUAUCCCAGACAAUAGCAGCGCUAACGAGCGAGAAGGAAGCUAGCGAUGCAGGUGCGCGCGAGCGAGAGAAAAAACUUCUGGCUCAACGCGAUCAGCUCAUACUGCAGCACGACGAAGCGAUGCUGCGAGCCGAGAGCGACAAACAACAGGCCUUGAUCAUGGUUCACCAAGAGCAACAAGCGCUGUUAGAACGCCUGGAGGAAGCGAAGCGUGUUCUAGAUUGUUCCCAGAACAAGCUGGAACGCGUGAAGCGAGACGCCGCGGCCCGCUCCGACCAGGACCGCGGACACAUCAACCAGUUGAAAGAUGAACUGGCUGCGCUAAAGACUCGCCUUGAGGAGGCCAAGGCGGCAGCAGAAGACGAGUGCGCCCGCUUCGAGAACCGCAUCAAGGAACUCCACCUAGAGAAGGAGGCGAGCAACCGCGAGUGCCAGGAGGCCCGCGCGCAGCUCUCGCUGGCCGAAGACAAGUAUGACAACGCGUACACGCAGCUGCAGGACACUAUUAGGAAAUUGAAAGAACUGGAGAACGAGUCCGAAAGUCUUCGCAAGGAGCUGACCGACGUGCGCCGGCAGCUCAGCAACUGCGCGGCCGAGCGCGACAAGUACAACAGCAGCUGCCGCGAGCUGCGCGAGCACGUGAAGCGCGCCGAGCACGAGCGGCGCGAGGCGGCGCGCGCGCGCGACGAGGCCGUGCACAGCGUGGCCACGCUCGAAGAAAACCGAUCAUCCUUGGAGCUGGAGCUCUCGCGCCUUCAGAAUAUGCUGAAGGAAUCGGAGACGGGCGGCGAACACGUGACACGGGAGUUGAGAGCUACCGAGGCCCAGUUGAAGAGGGAACGCGCCGCGCUGGAGCAAGCCAACCAUGACAUAAAGGAGCUUCAGUCCAGACUCCAGAACGAGUGCGAGGAGCGGGAGCGGACGGCCAACGAGGCGGCGGCGGCGCGCCGGCACGGCGCCGAGCUCGAGGCGCUGCUGGGCGCCGCGCGCGCCGACCUCGCCGCCAGCCGCCAGCGCGGCGCCGAGCUCGAGGAGGCCUGCCGCGCCAGGGACCAGGUACCUACAUCUUUGAACGAGUGCGAGGAGCGGGAGCGGACGGCCAACGAGGCGGCGGCGGCGCGCCGGCACGGCGCCGAGCUCGAGGCGCUGCUGGGCGCCGCGCGCGCCGACCUCGCCGCCAGCCGCCAGCGCGGCGCCGAGCUCGAGGAGGCCUGCCGCGCCAGGGACCAGAACGAGUGCGAGGAGCGGGAGCGGACGGCCAACGAGGCGGCGGCGGCGCGCCGGCACGGCGCCGAGCUCGAGGCGCUGCUGGGCGCCGCGCGCGCCGACCUCGCCGCCAGCCGCCAGCGCGGCGCCGAGCUCGAGGAGGCCUGCCGCGCCAGGGACCAGAACGAGUGCGAGGAGCGGGAGCGGACGGCCAACGAGGCGGCGGCGGCGCGCCGGCACGGCGCCGAGCUCGAGGCGCUGCUGGGCGCCGCGCGCGCCGACCUCGCCGCCAGCCGCCAGCGCGGCGCCGAGCUCGAGGAGGCCUGCCGCGCCAGGGACCAGAACGAGUGCGAGGAGCGGGAGCGGACGGCCAACGAGGCGGCGGCGGCGCGCCGGCACGGCGCCGAGCUCGAGGCGCUGCUGGGCGCCGCGCGCGCCGACCUCGCCGCCAGCCGCCAGCGCGGCGCCGAGCUCGAGGAGGCCUGCCGCGCCAGGGACCAGAACGAGUGCGAGGAGCGGGAGCGGACGGCCAACGAGGCGGCGGCGGCGCGCCGGCACGGCGCCGAGCUCGAGGCGCUGCUGGGCGCCGCGCGCGCCGACCUCGCCGCCAGCCGCCAGCGCGGCGCCGAGCUCGAGGAGGCCUGCCGCGCCAGGGACCAGGUACCUACAUCUUUGCUCCAGAACGAGUGCGAGGAGCGGGAGCGGACGGCCAACGAGGCGGCGGCGGCGCGCCGGCACGGCGCCGAGCUCGAGGCGCUGCUGGGCGCCGCGCGCGCCGACCUCGCCGCCAGCCGCCAGCGCGGCGCCGAGCUCGAGGAGGCCUGCCGCGCCAGGGACCAGGAACUGCUUCUACGUUUGGAAGACUGCCGGUCCAAGGAGCGUCGUCUCGAGGAACUUAAACAUAAUCUUGAAGUGUGUCUCGCCGACGCGACACAGCAGAUUCAGGAGUUGAAGGCCCGUCUCGGCGGCAGCGAAGGGCGCUGCCGCGCGCUGGAGGCGUCGCUCGCGCAGUGCGAGCACGGCAAGCGCGAGGCCGAGGCCAAGCUGUCGUCCAUCGCGCACACGCUGCGGCGCGUGUGCGGCGUGCAGCCAGACGGCUCCGUGCACGCCGCCGCGCGCCGCCGCCUCGCCAGCCCGGCGCGCCGCUACAGCCCGCACCGAGGUCGCGACCACUCCGAAGACCGCAACGAGAUCAUCGACGUGGACCCCGAGCUCGUCAAGAAGGGCGUUCGCAACCUCAUGCACGAAGUGUGCCAGAUUGAACGGGAGAAGGAUGACUACAAAACUCAAGUAUCCGCCUUGAAGAAGCAACUCAAAGACGCAAGCGAGCAGCAAGGCAAGGGCGACAACAAGUUGCAGUCGAUCACUUCCAACCUCCGCACAGUGCAGGAAGAGAAGGCUCGCUUACAGAACCUGCUGGGACAGAAGGACGCGCAGCUUACUGGACUGAAUGAAUCAGUCCAGUCUAAGACUGUCGAAAUCAGCAACCUAAGGGACAAGAUCACGAGCCUAGAAGCCACGCUCAGCUCCGUUACCGAAGAAAAGGUUCAGAACGAGAAUAAAGGCGAGAAUUUGCGAGUACAGUUGGCGGAGCGCGUGCAAGAAGUAGGCCAGCUGAGGGAGGCGCUAGCAGCGGCUGAAGGGCGCGCGGCGCGGCUGGACGUGCGGCGCGCGCAGCUGGAGGGCGACGUGCAGCGCGCGGCCGUGGCGGCCCGGGACCGGGACCAGGCGCUCAAGAAACUCCAAGAGCGCUGCGAGGGUUACGCUCGCACCAUAGCCUCACUAGAAGACCGAUGCACGUCACUCAAAGGCACCGUUGAGCAACUGUCGACGUCGCUUCAAAAAGCCGCCUCUGCCGAGAGCGAGCUCAGAGCGGAGUUGAGCAAGACUCAGCGCAUGCUCAACGAGGCGAAGAACAACGAGCAGAAUGCUAUGGACAAAUUGAGGCAGAUUCAGAAGAACAUCGGUAAGUUUUCCUUUGUCCAUAGCUUUAGUUCUAAGAUCGCGCUGCACGUUACUGAAGGGCACGGUUGGGCAACUUUCCACGUCGCUUCAAAAGGCCGCCUCUGCCGAGAGCGAGCUCAGAGCGGAGCUGAGCAAGACUCAGCGCAUGCUCAACGAGGCGAAGAACAACGAGCAGAAUGCUAUGGACAAAUUGAGGCAGAUUCAGAAGAACAUCGGUCUUUAGUUCUAAGAUCGCGCUGCACGUUACUGAAGGGCACGGUUGGGCAACUUUCCACGUCGCUUCAAAAGGCCGCCUCAGCCGAGAGCGAGCUCAGAGCGGAGCUGAGCAAGACUCAGCGCAUGCUCAACGAGGCGAAGAACAACGAGCAGAAUGCUAUGGACAAAUUGAGGCAGAUUCAGAAGAACAUCGGGCACGGUCGAUCAUGUGUCGAUCUCGCUAAAAAAGCCGUCUCUGCCGAGAGCGAGCUCAGAGCGGAGCUGAGCAAGACUCAGCGCAUGCUCAACGAGGCGAAGAACAACGAGCAGAAUGCUAUGGACAAAUUGAGGCAGAUUCAGAAGAACAUCGGCAGAUUCAGAAGAACAUCGGUAAGUUUUCCUUUGUCCGUAGCUUUAGUUCUAAGAUCGCGCUGCACGUUACUGAAGGGCACGGUUGGGCAACUUUCCACGUCGCUUCAAAAGGCCGCCUCUGCCGAGAGCGAGCUCAGAGCGGAGCUGAGCAAGACUCAGCGCAUGCUCAACGAGGCGAAGAACAACGAGCAGAAUGCUAUGGACAAAUUGAGGCAGAUUCAGAAGAACAUCGCCAAUUGCGAGAACGAGCGACGCGUACUGAGCGAGAAGUUAGAAAGCGCGAAGUCAGCGCUCGUCGAGCUGAAGAGAUUGAACUGCACUCUGGAGGAUCAAGUGCACAGGCUUACGACGCAACUAGCCAACGUCGAAGUGCAAAGGUCAGGCUUGGAGUCGCAGCUACGUAUGACGACUUGGGACGGCAAGGAGAGCGCCGACAGCGAGAUGGAGCGGGAAUUGCACGCGCUGCAGCGCGAGCGUAACGAACUGAAGGCUAAGUUGGCUGUUCAGAACGAUGCUCUGCAAGAGACAGCCCGUAAGGUGGAGGCCGAUCGCCGCCUGAACAGGACUUCGGCACUUCGCAGCAAGAGCCACGACAGGACCGAGAAGACUGUUUACUACUCGGAUUUGGAUUCCGGUCCCGAUUCAACUAAAGACUCGAUGCGCUACAAGGACUCGAACCUGAGCGCGGGACGCAACGACAAGAGUUUCCGCGCCGACCUAACCUUGUUGGAGCUUGAGAACAGAGAGCUCAAGAUGAAGAUUCGGCGCAUGGAGAAAGAGCUUGCUGAUAAGGAGGCAGAACUGAAAUUGGCGCGAACUCGCUACCUCAGUGACCUAUCCACGGCAUCGCCGAGCCGGCGCGAAGAUACCGACCACUACCGGCAGGCCGCCCUGCAAGCCGAGCGGCUCCUGGAAGCUAGAGAGGCCAGUCACCGGCAGCAGAUCAUCAGGCUCGAGAACCAGGCAUCUCAGUUGCGCAGCCAGCUGUCGGCGGAGAUUCGGCGGCGGCAAAGCUACGUGGCGCGCAGCGGGCGCGCCGCUCGCGACGUGCAGCGUCUUCGCUCCGCGCUUGGCGACUCGCUGCGUACUGUUUCACAGGACCCGGCGCUAGACUCGUACACACUGGAACACGAGGCGCGCAAGCUCGACAGCACGCUCGCGCACAGCCUCCCGCCGCUCAACGACAGUUACGACAGCUCCAAAUAAAACCAUGGCUCU